AUGAUAAGGAGAACUGUGACAACAGCAACCUUCUGGCAGUGAGCUACAGACAGUCAACUCAGUACCAGAGGGUGGUGGAGGAGCUGGACCAUUUGACCCAGGGUCUGGAGGAGAGGGUCGAGGUCAGGGGACAGAAGGCUGACUACGUCACCUCCUUCUGGUACCAGAUGAGGAUAGUGGGUGGUCGUAUGGUGGUGAACUCUCUCAGGAACCCCCAGACAUCGUACGCUCAGCUGGCCCUCAACAUCUUCUUCGCUCUGCUGGUCGGCCUCAUUUACUACCAGAUCCCCCUGACUCUACCUGAAGCCCUACAGAACAGGAUGGGAGCAUUCUUUUUCCUCAUCAUCAACAUGGUGUUUGGGAAUCUUUCAGCUGUGGAACUCUUCAUCAAUGAGAGAGCUCUGUUCAUCCAUGAGAACUCUAGUGGGUACUACCGUACGUCCGUCUACUUCCUGUCUAAGAUAUUCGCUGACCUCAUCCCCAACCGCAUUGUCCCUAUCCUCGUCUUCUCAGCAAUCGCCUACUAUAUGAUGGGUCUGAAGCCAGCCUUCACAGCGUUCCUGCUCUUCACACUGACGAUGUCCCUGGUCAGUCUAGCUGCGGUCAGUCUAGCGUUCCUGGUCUCAGCCUCUGUCUCCUCCUUCGCUAUGGCCAACGUCCUCAUCGCCCUGCCUUUCGUCUUCAUGAUGGUGUUCGGAGGGUUCCUGGUCAACCUUAACUCCAUGUU